UGUGAACGCAAGGGGGAAUACUAGAGGAGAUAUACUGUUACUUUGUCUCUCUCCUACAGAGCUCGUAGUUACCUUGUAAGUCCCACACGGGAGACUUAAAGUAAAAGAAUAGACUAGACUAGAGGAGAAGGAGACAAUUUUUCACUGCACAAAAGCCAUUGUCCUUUGUGUGUGUGUGCGUGUGUGUGUGUGUGUGUGUGUGUGUGAGUGUGUGACUUGAUAAUAAACUCAUUUUUUUCUCGUCUUGAAGGCGCGGACAGCGACAUUUUUCCCUCCCUAAAAAAAGAAAAGAAAAGUGGAGUCGGGUGGAUGAGUUGUGUGGAUGUUAUUUCCUGGAUCUUCUCCUCGGGCUGUGUCUUACCGCGGUCCAGAGACUGCAACAGUGUGUGGAAAAGUAGAUUUGUAUGUUAAACAGAUGGCUUCAACGAGGAUAACGCGCUGGAUGCUUGGUGAGGCAUGGUGGUGAAGAUGGUUAGAAUGCACUUAAUGGGGCCACUGUCAUGGGGCUGGGUCAAAUGGCCGAGCAUAAUGGGAACAGGAGUCCUUUAUCUGCUGCUGCUAUCAACCUGUCUCGGCCAAGACACUGAAGACUGGCAAUAUGAGGAAUGUAAACUGUCUCGGUCAGGUCCUCCUGCUACCAUCGUGGCCAUUGAUGAAGAAAGCCCUAACGGAACGUUAUUGGUGGAGAACAUGCAGAUAAAUGGCGUGGCUGAGGGUCCGGAUCGUACCAUCUCUCUGUCGCUAAGGGAUAACCAGGACUAUUGGGUGAUCCUUGACCCUUCCAAAAAAGCCCUUUAUCUCAACAGCACUGGACGGGUUCUGGAUAGAGAUCCCCCGUCGUACAUUCACUCUAUUGUGGUUCAGGUUCAGUGUACCAACGAGCUAGUAGGCACGGUGAUUUUACACGAAGUCCGCAUCGUUGUUCGAGACCGCAACGACAACACACCACAUUUCCAACAGCCAAGAUACUAUGUCGCCGUCAGUGAGGCAGUAGUUGUCAAGAAGACAAGACACAACAGUAUGGGACAGAAGCUGUUUGAUGUCAUUACAACAAACAGAACCUUUGACAUCCCCCUGACACUGUUUGGCUCCGUAGUUCUCAGAGAAAGACUCAACUAUGAGGACAUAACACGAUACCUGGUCAUCAUACAGGCUAAUGACCGAGCCCCCUAUCCCAGUGAGCGCCGUACGGCCACCACCACUCUAACUGUGGAUGUGCUGGAUGGUGAUGACUUGGGUCCCAUGUUCCUACCAUGUGCGCUUGUGGGAAACACCCGCGACUGUAAUCCCAUCACGUAUAGGGCUAAUGUACUGGAGCUGACACAGCCGAAUAAGGUGAAUCCUGUCAAUGUGACUCCACCCAUUCAAGCUGUGGACCAAGACCGAAAUCUACAACCUCCCUCUGACAGGCCAGGGAUUCUAUACUCCAUCCUCAUCGGCAAACCAGAGUCCUAUGCAGAAUAUUUCAGCUUGAACAGAACCACAGCGGAGCUCCUGCUACUAAAGCCCAUCGAUAGAGAACUCUACCGCAGAUUUGAUCUGGUUAUCAAGGCAGAGCAGGACAACGGUCACCCCUUGCCAGCUUUUGCUAACCUCCAAAUUGAAGUUCUGGAUAAAAACAACCAGGCACCCUACUUCCUGGAGACCAGUUACCAUGGUUACGUCAGCGAGGCCUCACCAGUGGGAACAACCAUAGCGACCACUGCCAGCCUGUCUGCACCGCUGACCAUCGUAGCUCUGGACAACGAUGUGGAGGAGACCAGGGACCCUCAGCUCCAGUUCUCAUUGGACAGCUAUUCUAAUGUUUUCUCUGUGUCUGCUACUGGAAUCAGAAGAUAUCUCACCCUGGUGCAGCCACUGGAUAGGGAGACACAAGACUCCUAUACAUUCACGCUUUUGGCAUCAGACGGCGUCCAGCAAAGCAUUCCGGUUACAGUGACGAUAACUGUGUUGGAUGCAAACGACAACACUCCGACUUUUGCUAAUGCAUCUUAUAAUGUCAACCUGUUUACUGACAUGAUGCCUGGAGAAACUGUGUUACAGCUGGCAGCAGUCGACUCUGAUGCAGGUCCCAACGGUCAAGUCACCUAUCGGAUCUUAGCUGGCCACCAGGGACAUUUUCUUAUUGGCAACAGCACUGGGGUCGUUACAGUGGCACCAGGUGUUGAGCUCACUGUUGGGCGGAUCUACGCUUUGACUGUAGAAGCCAUGGACAACGGGCCUGUACCUCAGAGAAGGUCAUCCAUUACUACGGUAUAUAUUGAAGUUUUGCCCCCAAACAACCAGAGCCCUCCACGGUUCCCGCGGCAACAAUACAGCCUGGAGAUCAGUGAAGCUAUGAGAACUGGAGCUACACUGCUUAAUCUGCAGGCAGUGGAUCGGGAGAGGGACACCAUCACCUACAAAAUCCACAGCGGAGACCUUCAUGGACAUUUUGCACUACAGCAGGAUACAGGGUAUUUGGUCCUGGACAAGCCUCUGGACAGGGAGGCUCUGGAUUAUUAUACCCUGGUGGUCACAGCCUCAGACGGACACCCAGAUGGGACCUCCACUACGACGGUGAACAUUGUGGUGACAGAUGUUAAUGACAAUGACCCACUGUUCGAUUCUUCACUGCCAGUGAACCUCACUGUCACCGAGGAGCAGGAUCAAGCCUACGUUGGACAGGUCAAGGCUACGGACCCAGAUCUGGGGACAAAUGGUAUGGUCCAUUAUCGGCUCGUCAACCACCAGAAUCUGUUUUCCAUCAAUGCCACUGGAGCGAUCAGAACUACGAUGCCACUGGACAGAGAGGUAAGAGGUCACUACUUCCUGAUUGUUGAAGCCUGGGAUGGUGGAGUGGACCCCCGGAGAUCCAGAUUAACACUGUCCGUCACCGUUCUGGAUGUAGACGACAACAGCCCGAUAUUCACCCAGCAAACUUACAAUGUCAGCCUACCAGAGAACAGCCCCAAAGAUACAGUCAUAUUACAGUUAAAGGCGAAAGACGCUGACCUCAGAUCCAACCUCACAUAUCGAAUCAGAACUGAAGGCUCGGACCAGGAGAUCGUUCGGCUAUUCCACAUCGACCCAGUGACAGGAGAGCUGUCAGUGCUUAAAGUUUUUGACUAUGAGGCUCUGACUGGCUCUGAACCCACAUAUACAUUCAUAGUCGAGGCCAUGGACACAGAGGGAACCAUGCCUCCUGGACUAGCCUCUGUCACUGUCAGAAUCAUGGACAUGAAUGACUUUUCCCCGAUAUUCAGGCAGUCAGUGUACCGAGGCCUGGUUGCCCCUAAUGCUGUCAAGGGAACCAUCGUAACUACAGUGAUGGCCAAUGACUCUGACCCUGCGGGUACCCCAGCAGGUCUAGUGCGCUAUAAAGUGAACCAGGAGGCUUAUCCAUACUCUGCCAGCAUAUUUGAUGUAGAGGAACAGACGGGACAUGUUGUAACCAGAGUAAACCUCAACGAGAAGCCCAACCUCAAGUUCAGCCUGGUGGUGGUGGCCUCUGAUGAUGGUGUGCCAGUAAAAGCGAACACAACUCUAGUAGAGAUCACAGUCCUCCAGCCCUCUGUCAUUCCCGUGUUCACUCAGGAAGAUUACAGGUUUCCACUAGUGAGUGAGGAGGCUCCUGUUGGAACCCCGGUGGGAGCCAUCAUGGCGGCUGCUGUCAAUCAAACUAUCUUCUACUCCAUCAUCGAAGGCAACCAGGGAGGUGUGUUCGCAUUAAAUGAAACGACAGGAGUGAUUUCCACAGCCAAGCCGCUGGACUAUGAGGCCACCUCUACCUACGUUCUAAGGGUAGAAGCAGACUCCAUGGGAGUGGUGUCCUCGAACUUUCGAGUUCCCUCAAAGACCAACACAGCUAAGGUGGUCAUCGACAUCCAGGAUGAGAACGACCACCCACCGGUUUUCACCAGAUCUCUUUACAUUGGAGGGGUUGCAGAAGAUGCUAAAACUUUUACCUCCGUCUUGCAAGUACAGGCCCUGGACAAAGACACUGGUAACUACAGUUCUAUGAUGUACCGGCUGAUCAUUCCCCCUCCUGCCGGUAAAGACACUAAAGAUAGCAAAGAUGGCUUCAUAAUCGAACCAUACAGCGGCGUGGUGAAGACGGCAAUCAUGUACCGCAACAUGAGGCGAUCGUAUUUUAAGUUUGAGGUGGUUGCUACAGACAACUAUGGUCAAGGACACAGCAGCAAGGCGGAGAUAGUGGUAUCGGUUGUGAACCAGCUGGACAUGCAGGUGGUCGUAUCAAAUGUCCCUCCAACUUAUGUGGAGAAAAACAAAAUCAAGCUGCUCAGCAUUUUGGAACGGUACGUCCAGGAACAGAUACCGGGAGCAAAGGUUAUCGUGGAAACCAUCGGGCCCCAUCGCUAUGGUGAUGGAAUGGAGCAGGAAGACUAUACCAAGUCGGACCUCAUGAUUUAUGCUAUCGACCCGCUGACAAAUAGAGCUGUAUCUAGACAGGAGCUCUACAAGUUUCUUGAUGGUAAAAUCUUGGACAUCAAUAAAGAGUUCCAGCCCUUCCUCCCUCCUGGUGGAAGGAUUCUGGAGAUCCGAACUCCUGAAGUGGUGACCAGUGUAAAGAAAGCUGUGCAGACCGUUGGCUACACAGAGGGGGCGCUGUUGGCUCUGGCAGUUAUUAUCAUUAUCUGCUGUGUUCCCGCCAUAUUGAUUGUCAUCAUCACCUACAGACAAUUCAAAGAACGCCAGGCAGAGUGUGCCAAGACCGCCCGUAUCCAGAUGGCACUGCCAAUGAGCAAACCUGGGGGAGGCACUGCCAACAACCUGUAUGAAGAGCUGGGUGACAACGCCAUACAAAACCGGUCAAACCACAGUGUUGCUGGUGGGAGUGGUGGCAGUUUGGAUGAAAGCGACCGCCAACGUCUGAUCUCAGAUUUUGCCACACGAGCGAUCGCUGCCCACCGUCAGUGCGUUGCUAACGGAGGGGUACUCAACAACCUGCCCAAGUCUGAGUCCAGCAUCACCUUUCUCUCUGAUGAAAACCCCCUGACUAUCAAAAAUCCCAUCUACCAUGAGGACGGGACUUUGAGUAGCCCAGAGACUCUUGGAAGAAGCCAGAGGACAAGAGACCUUCUUGGAAAUUUCUCCCCUUCCAGGAAAGGCCUUCGAGAGGCGUGGCUGAGGCUCAGCGGCUCCCCUGGCGGAGAUGUGGGAUUCAGUGGGUACAGUGGCAGUGACAGCGGAUGGGGAUCUGGGGUUGGACACAGCUGGACUCUCCCAUCAAGGUUACAUCGUAGAGAGAUGUUUGACACUUUGAGACGGCAAGUGGUCAUGGAUCCUGUUCAGUGGGAGCUGGAGCUUCUAAAGGCUGAAUUCAAGGAGAGUAAAGAUGCUGGUCUGGAUUCAGGAUUUGACCGUGGGUUGGAUUCAGACUUAAUGGGAAGCCCAAAUCUGGAACCCAAGCUGACAGUCAAAGAACAAGCCAGACAGUUUGAGCAACAGGCAGUCCAGGAAAUGAGGCAAAGGCCAAACAGAGAUUCACGAGGAUCUUUGUCGCCUGAUAUCAUACUUUCUAUUUUCCCGGAGUCUCCCCCAAAUGUUCUAACUGCUCAGGUCAAAGAGGGUCCACCGAGUAUUAUUGUCACCCAAAGUGAUGGAGGGACCCCUCCUCCAAGUCACAAGCCAACUCCGCCUGUGCUGCGGCGCUUCGGGGUAAAUUUAACAGGAAAUCAGAGUGCAGAAGAACGACUUCAGGUCAAUUCAGAGCUUAUCCCUGAUCCUCCGUCAACUCCUCCACCACCACCACCACCACCACCAAUAUCUCCAUCCCCACCACCUCCGCCUCCCAUAUCAGCUCCUCUUCCUCCAUCAUCUCCUCCUCCGCACCGCCCUUCCUCCUCUGCUUCUCUCCCUCCUGCUUCAUCUCACUCCAACCAUAUAGAAAAGCAGACUCCUCCUCCCCCUCCCCCACCUCCUCCCCCGCCUCCACCUCUCCCUCCCCCUUUGUCGCCCUCACUCCUGCGUCCAUCCACCUUUGUACUCCCGUCACUCUCGGAGGUACCGGCUCUGCGGCCCGUGUCCCUCCGGCCACCACCACCACCCCUACCUGCGGAGCCCGAACCUCCCCGAAAAGUGCGGAAAGGAAUCUUAAAGAACAUCGAAAACAUUGCGGACAUUGAGAAGUCGGUGGCAAACAUGUUCAGCCAGAUAGAUCAGAAACAGAUCCCGCUCAAAAAGGUCUUGAAGAGCCGAGCCUCCAUGGAUUCUCUUGGUUCUCUUGACUUGGAUGAAUUAGCAGUAGCAGCAGCAGGAGGAGAGGAGGGAGAAGGGAGAGGUGGAGAAGGAGUGGGAGGAGGAGGGGAGGAUCCUCCACCCCCACCUCCACCUCCACAGAUUCAACCCAACCCAAACAUGAACUCCAUCGUGGAAGAACUUGAGAAACGAUUCCCCUCUCAGUCUACAAUGCUCUAUAAGGAAAAUGCAGAGCAAAGUGCUGACAUACGUGGAUAUAGACAACAUGAGACGCAACAACUUCUCCGACCUUCUCUGCUCAGACCAGAGGAGUUAUCGAUGGAAUCUGGCAUCGACCCCGGGCAGGACUACUACACACAAGAUUAUUACAACUAUGAUCACGGGUAUGACCUUCCUCAGUACGGCAGUCGCAGGAAACUGAUCUCACCCGCCGGCCUCUAUGAUGAAUAUGGAGAAGUAGUUGUUGACGACGACGGCAGCUACUACUACAGUCCCCAGGAGUCUGACGGAGAGCACGGCAGUAGAAAACGUCGGAUAAAGUUGGUGGUGGACCGGGAAUAUGAGACUAGCUCCACGGGCGAGGACAGCGUGCCAGAGACCCAACGCAGCCGCUUACCUGCAACCCUCAACAGCCACUCUAACGUUAACGGCAGCAUCUACAUGGCCCAGAAUGGCUCCAUCAUCCGCACACGACGUACAGUAAAUGCCACAGGUCCCACACACGCACACACCACCACGACGAACAACAACCUCAAACUCACCUCCCCCGUCUUCAGCUCACGGCUGGCCAAGCACUUUAAAAAACUAGACAAAAUGGCUGCCACACUGGAGGAAAGAGUACCCCUGAACAACCCCAGAUUAGCAGUGGACGGCGGGUGCAAGACGCUGCAAACCUUCCGAAGUUCAGGAAUGGCUGCCUCUGAGACGGCCACUUCCUCUUUCUCUAACACUGACAACAAUAAAACGCUGAAUGUGUUUAAUACUCGACAAUCCAGCGUUUCUUUAGGGCCGACCAGCACCACUAACACUGGCCCCGACAGUGAAGCGUCAAAAUCCAACACGCUCAAAUCGGCUCAGGGCGGCACGGAGCUACCUCAGAGCACAGCUGAGAGAGGCAAGCUGAAUGAAGAUGAGAGAGAGUCGAAGGUAGACAGCAGUCAUGAUGAAGACGACAAUGGACUCAUUAUGAGGGAGCCGCUGGAGUGCCCGAGCGACAGAACGCAGUCGGAUGAGGAGGAAUUAUGGAUGGGCCCUUGGAACAGCCUUCACAUACCCAUGACUAAACUCUGACUGAUCGUGACUCCACUGUGCUAACUCCUUAUUGCCAAGAUCAUUAAAGCGUUCGGACAUCAUUUCUGUUCAUUUGUUGUGGAACUAAUGGGGAUGCUCCAAUCCAAUUAAAAGACAUCUAAUUAACAGAUUGGUACUCAGCUAAAAUGUGAAUUAGCAUAUUCUGGUGUUCAAACAAAAUUUCAAUAAGAUGUAAGAUUCCUCAUAUAUUAACUAACAUUCAAUUUAUUUGUGUUUAAAUUCAGAGAAAGAUGAUAAAAAUACAUGUACAACGUUUUGUGACUCCUCAAAAUUCCAAUCAGAGCAUCCCUUAAGCCCGACUGAUGUAAGAGCUUUGACCUCUUUGGAAAACUGGACCUAGAAUGAGAGGACUUGUUAUAUUUCUAUUUUGCUAAACGAUAAUAUAACUUGAGGAAAAAACGAUGAACUUUUUAUGGCCCUUUAAGCGGCUGGUGUCUGUUUGGACAGCACUUGUUUCAUUCAGUAUUACGGCUACUGGUGCAACUCAUCUUGAAUUUGCCUGAUACUUUGCAUUGACACAUGAAGUCUUGUAUUGUUCAAACUUGCCUUUUUAUCCUGUCAAGUUGAUUGGCAAUUUUAUCCAAAUAAAAUUUCAUCCAUUGAAAAGUGGAGUUUGGCUAACUUG